GGAAGCAACUCUUCUGUUGGUGUUGUAAGUACAGUACAAGGACUAGUGAUUAAUAGAGAAGAAAGAGUUUCAGUUAAAAAAGUUAAAUUUAAUACAUAAUAUAUGGAUACCUGCUAGAUCGCACGGAAAGUAAAACAGUCAUACUGAACAUACGAGACAAAACAUGAUUUUGUUGGAGAAGUUGAACAUGGAAAAAGUGAACAAACAUUUAUUCUUUAACAUGGAGAAUGAAGUGUCGACACCACUUCGCCUCAGGGGAGGCGCCAGCCGCGAGACCCUACCAAUGACAUCAGUCAUGGACAGUAGCAGUAAUAACGAAGUGUCAGCUGAACUUCGCUCAAGUUCCAACAACAACUCCGAUGCUUGUGUUGCAGAUACUAAUUAUGUAGAUACUGUUUCUGGAAAUACGAUAUCUAGUUUGAUGACACCGCCACGAGGACCCACUCGUUCAAGCUUUGGUUCGGGUACAAUAAAAUGUGCUGGUAUGGUUCCCAAAAUUAAGAAGAAGAAAUAUCAGUCAGAGGUGCUUGAAGAUAUUAAGUUUCUAUUUAACGAAUGCGACCCCCCACGUGAAUAUGAUGACGUCUGGAGAACACAUCAAAGUUACCGUCAGCAAUACUUAGAACGAACGCCACCUCUUUUCUGUAGGAAUCAGUUGGGCUCUCAAUUGAAAUACGAUGAACAAAAUAUGGAAGAUGCCACUAGUGACAUUGAAAAUUGGGAUGACUUGGAUUCUAGAGAAAAAAGAGAAAAGGAUCAAAGUUCAAGCUUUGAAAUGAAAUAUCUAGAUGACACGAAUAAAGAAAAUAAACCGGCGACGAGUUUUCAACGGCCGACACGCCACCAAAGUCAACUGUUGCAAACCAAGACUUCCAAAUAUUCUCAUCCAAGAGGUGAAGAACUGAAAGCGACUCCUCUUCCACCACCCACACAAAUCGAAGAAGAUGCUGCGGAGUAUACGUGUACUGCAAUGAUUCAAGAUCCUUACAUAGAGAAUUUAAGAACACGUACCCUUGAUGACGCCAAUAUGGACUGGAAAAUGGAAAAAAAUCUUCAAAAACAAAAAGAAGUUGAACUGAAGGCCAUGGAGGAGGAACUCUACAAGGAACAAAAGGCUUUGCAAAGAGAGCAGUUUGCUAUGCUGGUUGCUGAUAGGUUUGAAACUGACUGUAAGAGUCAGACUGUAGCGGAAGAUGCUGUGCACGCUGCUCAGGUGACCGUUACUAGUUCAGAAAUUGCGGCGGAAGCAGUGAUAGAGGAAGAGAGAAGAAUGCAAAGAGCUUUACAUUUUAGCAAAAGGAGUAGAAAAUCCCAAAGAAAAUCAAGAAUUCCACAUACUUUUCAAAAGAAUUUCAUGUCUGCAGAAGUCAAGCCAUUAAAUUUAAUAAAUAAAUUGGAUAACCUUUGUGAAGAAUCUAAACGAGAUGAUAUAUUAUUCCUUCCAGAAUGCGAAAACCAAAAUACUGUGCCACAAGAUACCAUGGAACAAGAUCAGUGUGCCAUGAAACAAAAUCCAGGUUUUACGCAACCAGUUGUAUGUAAUUCAAAUGAACUUAUUGGCGAUGUAAGAGCUGUACGAAACAACGUAAAAGCUAUACCUCAAUAUCCGGAAUUAGAUCAAUUUCAAAAUGAUGCCUAUGAUGAUGAAGUCCCCAUACGGGAAAUUCUGUCUCUGUCAUUUCCGAAGUGUCCCGAUCAACAGUUUGUAGCAAAAGGCCCAUGUUCGACGUGCCUUCCAACAUCUGUUGCUCCAGCAGUACAACGGCCAAAAUAUGUAUAUCCUUAUGAAGAACGACAAGUUACACUGAAAUCAAUGAGAGGGCGAGGGGUGACGCCAGGACAGGUUCCAAAACCUGGUCCGAUACCACAAGUAACUCUGAGGAUCUGUCGUUUGUCAAGUCCAAGAACGUCUCGUUUACCAUCAGCGCACUCGUCUCAUUUGCCAACUACCGAUAUACCUAUUGUAUCACCAGGCCCAUCUGCUCAAAUGUUAUCACCAGAAACUUGUCAAAAAGUUAGAGGAAGUGGAAAAAGUGACUACUGUCUACCUGUCUUUAAUAAAAUCAGAAAAACACCCGCAAAAAGACAUCCAAACCAAAUCAACGUUUCUGCACAGUCGGUUUCUUCAAAUACCGUAGAAGAUCCGAACGUUGUGUUUGCUGUCACAUCAAGGACCACUACCUCACCGAUUUAUGUGACGACAGAAGGAGCAUCCGAACCGCUUAUGUCAUCGCUGGAAAGAAAAGGCACUCCUAGGCCUGGGCAUGUUUGUGCACCAUACACAUCAGUUACAAGAGGCAAAUCUCAACUAACCGCAAGAAAUAAAAUCCCUCCUUCUGGGAAAUGUAUAGUCCCAGAACCAGAUUCGACCAGGGUAACACCGCAUCAACAACCUUGUAUAGUACCUCGACUUACUACAAGGGGCAGCAUCCCUACUUUGAACAGCCGUAUAGCAUUUCCAACAGCAGGAAGAAGUAGUGGCAUUUCUUCCUUUGCCAGAGAGGGAUCCGCGCGAAGAACUAAAGGUCUUUCUUCAAGUCGAGGAAUACCUGGUUUAAGAUCAAACGCACGGUCCUCCAGUUCAGUAGUUGGUUCUCCGUAUGCGUCGAGUGUCGUUCGACCAACCACCUCAGCUAGUCUAUACAGUUCUCCAGUGGCCGGUUCAUCAUGGGCCUCGAAUCUGGGUCGUCUAGCCACGUCUGCUGCUGAUGCUGAAAUUCCUUCUAGAAGCAAAAGAAUACCUGGUUCAAAAUCAAGUGCACAAUCUACCACUUCAGUAGUCGGUUCUCCAUGUGGGCCGAGUGGCAUUCGACUAACUACCUUAGCUAGCCCAUACGCCGCUCCAAUAGCAUGUCCAUUAUGGGCCCUGAGCCCAAGUUGUCUAACCACUUUAGCAGCUGCUCCAUAUACUUCUCCAGCAGAUGGCCGGAAUAGAAUUCGUUCUAAAAACAAAGGAUUACCUAGAUCAAGAUUAAAUGCACGGUCCGGUAGUUCCCUUGUUUGUCCUCCGUGUACGUCGAGUGAUGUUCGACCAGCUACCUUGCCUGGCCUAUACACUUCUCCAGUAGUCAGGUCAUCAUGGGCUUUGGGUUCAGAUGGUUUACCUACCUCACCAGCCGCCUCAUAUAUUUCUCCAGUAACCGGUUCACCCUGGGCCUCAAGUCCAGAUCAACCAAUCACCUCAGAGGAUAUAAUAUACACUUCUCCAGUAGCUGGCCAAUUACAAUUUCCGACACUAGAUCUGAGUGCUGUUUCAGAAGAAACUAAUAUGUAUCAAGCUCCUAGAGUUAACAGCGGUAAAGGCAAACAAAUCCAAGUGCCACAAGUAAGCCACAGACGGCAAAUUAUGACUGAAGAGGAGAUGGAGAAAAAUUUUCAAACUCCUCGAACAUACAGCGUUGAGUUUAUUGGCGACGAAAAUGAUUCUAAAAAAUUUGGUGCGAAAAGAGACUUGAUGAAAGAAAAGCCUUCCAAUGACAUUGUAGCCGAAAGACCAGAUUUUAAGGAACAGCAUGGAACACCUGAAAUAUCUAUGCAGACUCCAUUGUACUGUCCGACUUGCGCACAUAUGCAGUUUUUCGAUGGAAAGAAAAUGGAUUCUUUACGAGAUUUCUAUAUGCCUAGAGGUCGUCUAAUUAAAGAAAGUCCGGUAAGACGGUUGCCUUCUCAUGUUGAAGAAGACCUUGAUGGUUUACCACCAUCAUCACAAGCACAAGUUUGUCCCCCACGCGCAUCAACACCACAAGCUGCUUCGCCUAGCGAUUAUAUGUUGUUUCUGGAUGAUGCUGAAGAAGUUAGUACCGAUGAUAUUAUACCAUUGCCUGUUGAACAAGUACCUCACUGUUUACUUCUAAAUUCAUCAAGUUGGACGAAGUCAGAAACUAGCCAAACGAAGCGAUCCUUACUUGGGGACAAUACCGUGGAAUUAGAUGAUCAGUUAAAAUUAAACAGGGUUUACUUAAAACCACGUCACUUAAGACAGCCACAAGAUACGGGCUUAAGACUACAACAAGCGUCUUGCCUAAGACCGUCACAUGCUCGUCAGAUGUCAGGUGUGAGGCUACCACAAGCUUCAGAUUUAAGACAGUCACAAGCUUCAGGCUUACGACCGUCACAAGCUUCAGGCUUACGACCGUCACAAGCUUCAGGCUUACGACCGUCACAAGCUUCAAGCUUACGACCACCACAAGCUUCAGGCUUACGACCACCACAAGCUUCAGGCUUACGACCACCACAAGCUUCAGGCUUACGACCACCACAAGCUUUAGGCUUACGACCACCACAAGCUUCAGGCUUAAAAUCACAAAAAGCUUCAGGUUUAAAACCAUCAAAAGCUUCAGGUUUAAGAACCCCAGGAACUUCAGACUAAAAAACGCAGAAACAUUAGGUUUAAGAACGCCAGAAACUUCAAGUUCAAGACCUCCACAAGUCUGAGACUACCCCAACCGGGACUACAAGAGGAUUGAACAUGAAAAUCAAUUCAAUUCGUUCCAAUUAUGUUUUGUAAUUUUUCUGUAAUAAACCUAUUUAAAAA